UCAUGUUUUCUCCACCCAAUUUUCUCAUUGCUCCUUUUUUGUGCUUGAUCGUUGAAUGCUAAUUGCCGAAGUUCCUGGAAUUGUGAUUUUUUCCCCUAAGGGAGAAGAAACUGUACAUUUUCUCUUCAAUUCUUUGGUUUUCUGCUUAUGCAAUGGAAGAUCAGCAAAGUAAUGCGGCACAGAAUUUUGGUGCAACUGUACAACCAGUUGUUGUUGCAGCAUGGAGGGGAAGGUUUAAAAUACCCAGUCAUAAUUUAUAUAUAAAUGUGGCUGCUCAUGUCUCAAACAAAGCGUGCAUGAAAGUGCUGGAAGUAGCAAGUACGAUGCCUGAGUCGUUAUGCCUAGAAAUGUUCCCACGGCUUGAUGUAUGGCCUGCAUCCUUUAAGAGCUCGCCACCAACUGAACAAAGUAUUGCACUGUUCUUCUUUCCGGAGGGAAGAGGUGAAGAGAUUCUCGAUUGCCUGCUGAAUGAUGCAAUCUGCACCGACUUUGCCCUUAAAGGAAUGAUUGGCAAAGCAGAACUCUUAAUAUUUAGUUCUCUCCAACUGCCAGAGAAACUUCACAGAUUCCAGGGGAAACUUUACUUUUGGGGGGUCUUCAGGGGACAACAAGCUGCUUCAUAUGAUCAAUCGGAUUAUUAUGUUAGAGUGAGGCAGAUUUUAUCUUCAAAUUCAGGUAAUUACAGGAGCUUUGAGGGGCAAAGUUCAGUAACCAUUUCGAGCAAGCACAGUCCUUCAAAUCAUGCUGCUAAAGCUGAUAAAAGGGGGAGACGUUUAGAUGAUGCUUGGGAACAUGCCAGACCAUUGGAUGAGUUGAGACAGAAGGCAGAGUGCAGGUAUUGUGGUUUUGUUUCUACACAUGGUGGAAUUUCACGCCUUAAGGCACAUCUGGGGGGAGGGAAUCCUAGAAUCCGCUUACCAGCUUGCCAUAAGGUGUCACCAGAAGUUAAAAAAGACAUGGCUGACUGGUUCAGUCAAUGGGUCAAAAACACGAAAGCUCUUUGGACCAAGGAAAUUAGAGCAGAAGCGGCAGCACCUACUGAUCAAAGGGGAAGGCCACAUGAUGUUGCUUGGGAGCACGCCAAGCCAUUGGAUAAGACAGAAUGCAAGUAUUUUAGCUUUGGUUCUUUACGUGAGGAGAUUUCACAUCAUAAGGUACAUUUGGGUGGAGGAGAUCGGGAAUCGCGUAUGGAGGCUUGGCCAGAAGUGUCAACUGAAACAAAAGAAGUCAUGUCUGAGAGAGUGAAAAAUUCGAUGGCCACUAUGUCACCCGAAAUAAAAGGAAUCAUGUUUGGAUGGGAAAAAAGUUUGGCGGCAUCUAGGAUGAAAAAGUCUCAAGCAGCUGGUGCACAGGCCGAAACAAGGGGAAGGCCACUAGAUAAUGCUUGGGAACACGCAAAGCCACUGGAUGAGGCGAGGCAAAAGACCCAAUGCAAUCAUUGUGGUUUUGUUUCUCUAUAUGGAGGUAUUUCACGCUUAAAGGCGCAUUUGGGUGGAGGGUGCCCUCAAUUGCAGCUGCAGGGUUGCCCUCGGGUAUCACUAGAAGUCAAGAGUGUGAUGGAACAGUGGUUCAAUGAGUGGGUAAAAAAUUCAUCGGCAGCUUGGACAAGGAAAUCUCAUGCAGGUUCAGCCAGACAUUCUAAGAGGGGAAGGCCACUAGAUGAUACAUGGGAACAUGCUAUACCGCUGGAUGAAAUACGACAGGCCACAAAAUGCAAGUAUUGUGGUUUCAUCUCGAAACGUGGAGGAAUUUUACGACUAAAGGCACAUUUGGCUGGAGGUGAUCCAACAACCCACCUGGAAGGUUGCCCUAAUGUGCCGCCAGAAGUCAAAAGUUGGAUGGCUGAAGGAAUGAAUAAACGUAGGAAAGGAUCAAAGGCUGUACCCUUGGAGACUGUUGAAAGGGUGUUACAAGAAGCUGAGAGGAAAGCGAGCGAAUCACAGUGGUCUGCAAAGCGUCAUCACAUCCUCCAAGAAACCCUCGACGAGAUCAUGAAUAAGAGCCUGAAAAAGAGUCUCCAGAAAAUAAUAGACGAGAAGAAUGCCAGGCUGCAAAAGAUGCAAUCUGAAAUUCAAUCACUGGAGAGUCGGUUGGCUUCAAUGCCUUAGCGGAAAUGAUAUUCAGGCAACACCUUAACCAACUUUGCAUCUAGCUAAUAUUCCUACCAAGUUUAGGCAGAUAGAUGUAUUGCACUGGAUUCUCCCAGCUUUGUAUUUCAACUUGCUCCUUCUCCUGUGUAUAUGAUCAGCAACAUGUUGUGUUAAAACUUCAACAAAAUCUUGAGAUGUUUGUAUAUAACUCUUGAACUAGUA